CUCGACAAACAUUAAUGACUUGCAAUUGUCGAGACUUGUACGGUGACACCUUGCCCGAAUUGCCAGUCGGAAUUUACCACAGGUGCUUCCACUCCUGGAGCAUCCGACCAACAAUCUCGAAGAUAAUGCAUAUGGCAAUCUUUCGCGACACACGUCUGCUUAUCACAAAUCACGCUGCUCAGCGAUUCUUCACAAGUAAUAAACAACCUCGCCUCCAUCAUUUCCUUACGAAACUUGGCAACUGCAGCGCAGGUCGUGAUUACAGGCUACCGGUGUACAAUGCCAGUGGCACUUCAGUGAGAGGAACUGACGGUGGACACAAGGACAUCGUGCUCGGGCCGAUCCACUGAACGUGUCACUACUAGCUUCAUGCUGACCACUACGCACUGCUACUCGACUCCAGUACCUUUCACUAACUGUCCCCCUUCCGGUUCCUCUUCCGCACUCCGCAACACCGGAUCCAGGUAGGUACUUCUAUUACCCGCGGCAGCGAAACGGUAAGACAAGGAAGCUAUACAGUACAUGUUGAGUGACUGAGUGUUUCCAUUUUCUGUGAUUUCCUUCCAUACAUCUCUGGCAAAAUCCUCGGUUUCGUGUGAAUCACUGCAGACUCAGUCAUUAGCAGUCGAUCCAACCAGCUUUUGGCAUCAAGCAUUUGGCUAUAGAUCAAGAACAACUGUACAACUUUUUAAGCAACAUACCCAACUCUCAUCCAUCACAACUUUUAAGACACAAAAGACAAAGGACGAACACCAAGUUUGACGCAAAAGAGAAGAAAUCAAAAAAUGCCAUUCGUCACCAUCAACAACCACACGCUCCACUACACAGACAUAUCUCCCAGCGCGGAAUCAUCAGCAACACCAGAAUCAUCUCUGACCCUGGUCUUCAGCCACGGCCUCGGAUCCACGCAGAACUACUUCUACCCCAUCCUUCCGUACCUAACUCACUACCGCUGCAUCGUCUUCGACAACUACGGAGCCGGUCGCUCGAAGCUGAACGAAGGGGAUGCAGAGUCGUCGAUCCCCUCGAUCGCGAAAGAUGUCCUCGGUCUCCUUGACCAUCUCAAUGUCCGCCAGGCCGUCGUGGUAGGCUACUCCAUGGGCGCCAUUGUGCCGACCUACCUGGCCUCGACUGUGCCCGAAAGAGUCAUUGCUGCGAUCUGCAUUGGUCCCGUGAAUCCCAACCCGAGCGUCGGAGAUGUAUUUAAGCAACGUAUUGCCACUGUGGAACAAGGCGGCAUCGAAACCAUGGCCAACACCAUCCCCAACACCGCGACCGGGCCCAAAGCCACCGCCCUCCAAAAAUCCUUCAUCCGCGAAAUGAUCAUCGGCCAAUCACCGCAAGGAUACAUCGCCAACUGCCGCGCCAUCGCGGCCGCCACCCCGCCCGACUACGCCAAAGUCCAAUGUCCCGUCCUGAUUAUCGCCGGCGACCACGACAAGAGUGCCCCGCUGGCCGGGUGCAAAGCCAUCCACGAGUCCUUGGGCACUUCUUCUCACACUCGGAAAAGACUCGAGGUCUUGCCCGACGUCGGCCAUUGGCAUUGUGUCGAGGCUCCUGAUCAAGUUGGGCCUUUGAUUCGUGACUUUUGCCGCGCCUUGCCCGCCGUGGCUGGACAAUCAUAGUUAGCUACAGGUGUCUAGUAUGCAAUAUGUUACUUGCAUGUACUUGAGCGUCCAGUAUAUCGCUAGUAUCUACUGUACCUUAACCUGUUACCUAGGUAGCAAACCUGGAGUGAGUAUGACAUACAUCAGAUAACAUCUGGAAAGUCCUUAUUGGGUGGAUCAAAAAAGUGAACUUCUACGAGAACGAGGUGAUUGAUGGAUUUCAUCACGUACGUUGGUAGUACUUAAGUGUAUAUACUGGUACUCGUACAUACUGAAUGGGUCAGCUGUAGCUGGACCUCCGUGCUGAGCCACUGCAUGGCAAUUGCAAGACAAAUGUUGCAAAACCAUGCGCGUACUAGCACCAGUGAAGCCUGGUCACACAAAAGCAUCAAUAUAGAUAGAAAUAACCUGAAAAAAGCCGUUAUAUCUUUGCUCAAG